AUGACCGCUGGCGAGAUUAUUGUGGAUAAUAACAUGAACAAUACCGACCUUAAGAACCAGAAAUUCGAGGUGAAGGAAAAAGACUUCGAUCUAGAGAGGGGACAGAGCACAAAGCAGGGAAGACAGAUACCUUGGAACAAGAUUAUCAUCGGGAUGCUGGCGUUAGGAGUUCUGGUUGCCGCAGGCGCAGUAACCUGGGUGUUCCAGGACUGGCAAACUAUGCUUAUAGUGGUGGCCAUCCUCUGCGUCGUGUACAUUUUAGUCUUCUAUCAUAGAUGGAUCUACGUCGCCUCUCGGACAGCAAAAAGAGACUUUAGCGCCUUAUUCUGCUAUGUCAAGAUAUUAUCGAUGACUAAAAAAUUCAACAAUAAGAGUUACUCUAUGUCAGAUAUCUUCCACGAUGUUGUGUCGAAGCAUCCGAAAAAGGCUUGCUUCUUAUUCGAAGAUGAAACAUGGAACUUCCAGCAGGUUGAAGAAUACAGUUUACGAGUUUCAGCAGCUCUUAAAUCUAGGGGCAUUAAGCGCGGAGAUACAGUAGCUGUGAUGAUUGGAAAUUGUCCUGAGAUGCCAUCAAUCUGGCUUGGCGCCACUAGAAUUGGAGCUAUCUGCCCUCUUAUCAACACCAAUCAAACUGGCAAUACACUCUUGCACUCAAUCAACAUUGCAAAAUGUAACGUAGUCGUGUAUAGCGAUGAGUUCGAAACUGCUUUCCAAGAGAUUUCAAAAGAUUUAAGUCCAACACUCCAGCUGUUCAAAUUCACACGACGACCCCUUAACACAUCUCCAGACUCUGUGAAAGUAGUUGAAUCUCAGAACGACUUCACAUCUAUGUUAGAGAAUAUCAACCCGGCCCCAUGGACUAAGUCUGAUACUGAAGGCUUCAAUGCCAAAAUGUUGUACAUUUACACUUCAGGGACUACUGGUUUACCAAAAGCAGCUGUCAUUUCGCCUUCAAGAAUGGUUUUUAUGGCUUCUGGCGUCCACUACCUAGGCGGUUUACGAACGAGUGACGUUAUCUAUUGCCCUAUGCCUCUAUACCACUCUGCUGGUGGAUGCAUCUCAAUGGGUCAAGCUUUCAUCUUCGGUUGCACUGUAGCUCUACGGACUAAGUUCUCAGCGUCUGCCUACUUCCCCGACUGCAUUAAGUACAAUGCGACGGCUGCCCACUACAUUGGUGAGAUCUGUCGAUACGUGCUUGCGACGCCACCCUCUCCUACCGACACGCAACACAAAGUUCGCACAGUAUACGGCAACGGAAUGAGGCCGCAGAUAUGGACAGACUUCGUGAAACGUUUUAAUAUUAAGAAAGUGGUGGAGUUUUAUGGGGCCACAGAAGGAAAUGCCAAUAUAGUUAACAUUAACAACAAAACUGGUGCCAUCGGUUUUGUAUCCAGAAUCAUUCCAGCAGUGUACCCUAUCGCUAUCCUCAAAGUCGAUCAAGAAACUGGAGAACCCGUUAGGAAUUCAAAAGGCUUAUGUCAGUUAGCCAAACCUAACGAGCCUGGGGUGUUUAUAGGAAAAAUUAUUCCAAACAAUCCUGCAAGAGCCUUCCUAGGGUACGUUGAUAAAGAAGCUUCCGAUAAGAAAAUUGUUAGAAAUGUCUUCACACAUGGAGACUCAGCAUUUAUUUCAGGUGACAUUUUAAUAGCUGACGAACUGGGCUAUUUAUACUUCAUGGACAGAACAGGGGACACGUUUAGGUGGCGUGGCGAGAAUGUUUCAACUACUGAAGUCGAAGCCUCUGUCUCGAGGGUUACGGAACAGCGGGAUGCUGUCGCUUACGGAGUAGAGAUACCUAACACCGAUGGGCGAGCAGGCAUGUGCGGAAUAGUCGAUGAAAACGGCACAUUAGAUUUGGAUAAACUUGCUAAGGACAUUGCGAAAGACCUACCGAAGUACGCACGACCCAUCUUUAUAAGGAUUAUGACUAGUGUCGACAUGACCGGAACGUUUAAAAUGAAGAAGACAGACUUGCAAAAGGAGGGAUACAACCCGUCGGUCGUAAAAGAUAAACUAUAUUACAUGGAUCCGCAAUUAGGAAAAUACGUUCCUUUAGGCAACGAAGAAUAUGAGAAGAUUGUUUCGGGACAAAUUAGACUGUGA